AUGGAGGGCUUAGUUUCACAGGGAGGAGGGACUGUGAAUUCCAAGAGGAGAAAAACAAAGAGGGAAGACGCUGAAGGAAGAAGUUUGCCUGUUUUGAUUUGUAUUUUUUGUUGGUUUGCAGUCCUCGGUGGCUUAGAGACACGGUACAGCUGUUGUGAAGGUAACCUUGGAUCUGCCGGGUGUCAGGUUGCCAAGCUUCACGUUCAUGACCAGAAAGAAAACAUAGAGGGCUUCGUGAAGACUUUCGUCAAGUGCCCACGCUCCGAUGGUAAUCCUGGUGUAUUUGCUGUGAAUUGUGAGGUGUGCUAUACAGCCAAAGGUUUGGAACUUACUCAAGUGACCGUGGUUGAUCCCAGCCUCCAGGUGGUCUAUGAUACAUUUGUGAAACCGGAUGAAGAAGUCAUUGACUAUAACACCAGGUUUUCUGGUGUGGUCGAAGAUGACCUGAAGAACACUAAAACAUCGAUCCGUGAUGUCCAAGCCAUCCUGUUGAACCUGUUCAGUGCUGACACUGUACUAAUUGGACAUAGCUUUGAACAUAGUCUCUAUGCUCUUAAGCUAAUUCAUACUUCAGUUGUGGACACGACAGUUCUGUUUCCUCAUCGGCUAGGCUUGCCUCACAAAAGAUCCCUCAAGAGUCUAGUGGCUGACCACCUGCAGAGGAUCAUUCAGGACAAUGGUCACAGUUCAAGUGAAAGUGCUGCCGCCUGCAUGGAGCUGGUUCUCUGGAAGGUGAAAGAAGACCUAAAAGGGAAGAAGUAAUCACUUUGCCUGAGCAGAUCUGAAAUCCCUGCAGUGUUGUUUCAGUGACAUCUCUCCUGCUGACAGUAGAGUUGGGUCUAUGAUGGUAGGAAGUUUCUUGACCUUUUUCUUCAAAGAGGAGAAAGAAAAGUGCUGUUGAGGUUUAUUUAUUACAUGUUCAAGGUUAAGCUUCCACAGUUUAUUUCAGAAGCUGUGCGUGGGGUGGGGGGCGGUUAGUUGGGAGGAUUAAGUUGGUUUGAAUUUUCGACUCUUCCUCAUGGAUCGCGUGUGACAGUGGAUCGCGGUUUACAGUUGAACCAGUGGGCCCGUGUCCUCCAUCAGGGUCAUGUCUCCGGUGACGUACAUUUCUUUUUCUCUCCAAAUACCGAAAACCAUCUUGACCCAACAGAAUUUUUUUUAGGUCUCAUAUAUAAAUAGAAUAGAUUUUCCUCACAAAGUAAAUGUAAACUUUUCAGCAUACUCUGUUAACAUAAAGAUUUUGGUCAUUUGGCUAUUGUGUAAUGUGUUUUUAUUCUAACUGGUGUACUGUGACUGGAUUUUAAUUCAUAACAACUCAUUUUUUUUAAGGCAGUAUCUGGAUCUUCUAAACACAGUAACCUGCAUUCCCAAUACCUGAAUUGUCUCAUUCUUUUGAGGAGUUAGCGCCAUCUUUCUUGCUUUCUCAAAAUGUGGAAACUACAUGACUUUAUUCUGUUUGAUUACCCUUAAGUAAGUAUGACUCUUCAAUAUUACUGUUGCUGACAUGCUACAAAAUCACAAAGGUUUUAUUGCCAAUAGAACAGGUGAGUCGGUGUAAUCGAUAGGAGGGCCUCUGUGCCGGAAGUACCCCAGUCACCUUCUGACAGUUGCUUGUGUGGAUGCCUUCGUAUUGUGACUUACAUCUUUUUCUUGCUGUCCCACGUCCUUCUCAGCCAGGUCUCUUGUCAUGUACUUGAGGUGAAGUAAAAUAAUUCAAAUUUAGAUCAUUAUGAAUUUAAGUAAUAUAUAAUUAAGAAGGUCAGACUAUUAUAAGGAAAAAAAAAAGUCUGUUCCAAAAUCAUAUGCAAAAUUUGAAGGGAUUAUCGGCAUUUUCAGGUCAUCCUUGUUCAGUUCCACGUACUUUGAAACUAAGCGCGGUCCAGAGUAUGUCUACAACACAUGGGUAAAAAGCCAAAGGAGCUAUGACAGGUAUCUGGACCUGUGUUCAAGGGCUCUUCACUGAGUUUCCAGCUGUUGAUUCAGGGUAUGCUAGCAGCCUUGCUUGUGCUGUCUCUACCUGAACACGUGAGGUGGAUUAAGGGGCAGGAAUAGGGAACUUUAUGCUGUAUGUUGACCGAUUUCACACUGUCCCAUUUAAGAGAGAUUCCAGUUCCAAGCCCUCAGUUGACCUUGGAACACUACUGGAGGCACAGAAAGUGGACCAGACAGAACACUUCUCGAUGUUUCCAGUCCUGCGAGCUGGAACUAGCAUGUCUGGUGGAGUACCACACCCACUGCGCUACGGGCAUCUUACCGACGGAGCUGGAGGACGGUAACUUGAAAGACAUCUGGCAAGACCUAGGAGAAACAUUCCCAGACGAAAAACAGGGUGCAUGACGAAUCGUGACUCAAGAGCCUGCCUGGAACUCCAUGCUCACCUUGCGUUCUUCUAACAUCCUGUUCAAGGACACCAGGAUCUGGGCAAACGAGGGCCUCUCGUAAGGCUUCUCCCGCCAGCACUGUCUCAUGAGGUCAUACCUUUGAAAACAAAGAGUUAAGCAGUGAACUCUGUGACUCGGCUUCAGUCCUGGGCAUGGCCCGGUGUGGGGUAUGGAAACGAGAGAAGGGAAUGUAGCCAAUUCACACAUGGGCAUCUGUGCUUAACCAACAGCACAAAAGUAGAGCACCGAGUUUCUCUCUGGCCUCCCCCCGCGCCCCCCCCACACACAUCCCCCUUUCUUCUGUCAGUAAAACUAGCGCGUAUCCUCAGUACCGUUCCUGCGGGAUCUUGGUCUCAGCUCUUCUGAUGAUCUGGAAAGAGCUGACUCGUGUCUAGGGCAGCAUCUCCCUUGGAAUACUCCAUCUCUCAAAAUGUUAGUAAUUUGUUUUUUUUUUAAAAAAGGGUUCCAUGCUCUAAUAAAUUUGCAAGAUCCACCUAUUGCAUCUCCCUCUUAGGGAUUAGCAGAGUAAAAGCUUGAGAAGUCUUGCCAUUACAAACAAAAAACCUGUGUGACCUGACUUAACCUGGAACUUGCCCCCUGUAAGUGACCACAGAGCUCCUUCUGCCUUGUAUCAUCUAUUUGCAUCUUGCAUGUACCAGGAACAUAGUGGGGGAAGCACUGGUCUAAGGCAGUACUCCCCCAAAUGUGGUCAGAACCACUUGCAUUAAAAUGCAUAUUCCUGGGACCCACCCUAGACCUAUAGAAGCAGGGUCCGGGGGUAGGGCUCAAAAUUUCACAUUGGGAACCUUAUGUGCCCCAAAGGUUACCAACGCAGCAGGGUCUAGGUUCCUGCCUCUUGUACCAGUGACCUAAUUAAUACCACACUUUCUUAGAAGUGGCUCCAUGUGGACAAUAAAUCCUUGGCUGAACCUAGAGCCUUGCUCUUUCAUAUCAUGCCCGUCAGGCAGCAGCGACUUGCAGGUAGUUCUGGGAACGGUGGUUUCACAUCAUCCUUCCCUGGGGAAUAAUUCUUAGUCCUGGAAAAUUAUCCUUGCAGAAUCAAGAUUCUGUGAUUUAAAAAAGAUCCAUCUUCCUCAUGUCACAGCUCUGAAAUCUCUAUCCCCAAAGUGAGCCUCAAGGUUUCAUACAUUUAUUCAUGAAUUUCAGAUCUUUUCUCCAUUUGUUGCCUUUCCUCAUGUCCACCUUCCCGAUCUCAUCACCUUCAAUUCCUGCUGGAUUUCUACGCAGAUAAAGCUCUUAACUUCCUGCC